AUGGGGCAAGUGACAAGAGUGGCACUAACCAUGCUAACUGAGAAGAAAAGGCCAAUUGGUAGAAAGCAGGCGAAGGAGAAAAUGAAGAGCGGAGUGGAUGAUGGACCGUACAAACAGGUCCUUCAAAACCUCAUUUUUGGAGAAAGAAAAAUUGAAGAGAUGAGAGGAGAGGAAGAUGAUACAAGAGCUCAAGGUGGAGGCAGAUCAAAACAGGCUCGGAGGUUGACGUGGGAGCAAGAACAAAGGAUCAUAUUCUCUGACAUCACCACUCUAGAACCGUAUAUGGAAACAUAUAUUGUUGCAAUGAGGGCUCAUCUUGCAGUUGCAGCUAAGCGGAUGGCGUCAUUCAACAAUUUCGGUGGAUCAAAGUGGUGCAAUUGGUGA